AUGGAGGCUGUUGACCCGGGCUUCGUCCAGGAACUCCAUGCCGACUUGGCGCGCAAAUACAGAACCCACGCCGCCAAGCUCGAGACGGCAUGGCGUUCUUUCGACAAAUCGCAGCGAACACGAUGCUUGAAAGCUGGAGCAGCAAACGGCGACAUCUUGCGACACCCGUUGGACACGAGGCUCGGCAACGUGUACAAAUUCAUUCCAGAGUGGAAUAUCCGCGACCUCACCGAACCCGACUCCGACCUCCUCUUGGACCGUCUCAAACAUCGCGCCACUCUCUCCCUGGAGGAGCAAUACUUCCGAGGAUUGGAUGGUAGCGACGGCGACCACGACCAUAUUCUUACGAUGAUGAGAACCAAACGACUGCGCCACGUCGCUUCCUUCGAGAACUGCUUCACUACGUUCAUGGAUAGCAGAACUUCCAGAUACGGGCGCUCGUUCCGUCUUUUACGCGAUAUCGAUGAAUGUUUGUCGGACUUGGAACCGGCAUUCCGAGCAGGUGUUUGCGUCCCUCAGUCAGUCGGCGAACUCAUCUUGCAGAGACAAUUGUACAUGCUGCAGUGCCUGAACAUCGUGGUCGAAGAUGUUCUAGAAAUCGACUCUCGAACCCGGAAUCAGAGCCAGCGACCAAAGAAAAGCAACGACGACGCAACACUCAGCAACCUCGCCAAAUUGUCUGUGCAAGAUAUACCCACCAAGGUCGCAAUAACAGAUAUCGCCGCAGACGCCCGCGACCGGAGCGCAACACUCCUGGAACGGGUAGAGAUGUUGUCAGCAGAGCCCGUUGUUCUCGCUCAUGCCACGAACAUGGCUUUCUUCAGCCGCACAGGUCUUGUCCCUGACGAAAAGGGCCGCAGUCUUCCUGUCCACACCGGCAAGCACAUUAGCGGCGCCGUUUCCGAAGCCGUUCAUGGCGAGGUCCAAGCCGCGGCAAUCUGGGCCUACAUUACCCGCCUUGUCGAAGCCCUCGAAGCGUCGGACCGCGACAAGACGUACCGCGCCCUCAUUCUUCAGGAGCUUUCAAACGUGUGUCAGUUGGAGUACGAACGCGCACAGGCUCUGUUCCGGCGUCAUGUCGCCACCGGCGCUGGCCCCAAACGAUUCAAGCGCAUCUCCAAUACCUACGACAACGCAGGCAACGCGCGUCUCGCCAUGAAGGGCAAGCCCGAAGACCUGACGAGAAGUGACCCCUUGUUCAGCUACCUUCUUCGCCUCUGUCAGCCUAGCACCGCACCCUCCAAUGCUACGGACUGGAUGAAAAGGCUGGGCGAUCUGUACACGACCCAUCCAACGUAG